AUGGCUGUAAACCCAGAAUAUGAUUAUCUUUUUAAAUUGUUGCUUAUUGGAGAUUCCGGUGUUGGAAAAAGCUGUCUUUUACUUAGAUUUGCCGAUGAUACAUACACAGAAUCUUACAUUUCAACAAUCGGUGUAGAUUUUAAAAUACGUACAAUUGAGCUUGAAGGAAAAACUAUCAAAUUGCAAAUCUGGGAUACUGCUGGUCAAGAAAGAUUUCGUACUAUAACAUCUAGUUAUUACCGUGGAGCUCAUGGAAUUAUUGUUGUAUAUGACACAACUGAUCAGGAAUCUUUCAAUAAUGUUAAACAAUGGUUACAAGAGAUUGACCGUUAUGCUUGUGAAAAUGUUAACAAACUUCUUGUUGGUAACAAAUGUGAUUUAACUGAGAAGAGAGCUGUUGAAGAAAGCACUGCUAGAGAGUAUGCCGAACAAUUAGGAAUACCAUUCCUUGAAACUUCUGCUAAAGAUUCUAAGAACGUUGAACAAGCUUUCUUAACUAUGGCAUCUGAAAUUAAAAAUCGUAUGGGACCACUCCAACAAUCUGGUGCCAAUCCUUCAUCAGUCCGUAUUGGACCAUCUCAACCUGUAGCAGAUAAAAAAUCUGGAGGAUGCUGCUAG